AUGGCUCGAUCACGGAGCUCGCUGGCCCUGGGCCUCGGGCUGCUCUGCUGGAUUACCAUGCUCUUUGCGCCCCUGGCCUUUGUCGGACAGGCGCAGGCGGACGACUCUGAAAACUACGGCACCGUUAUUGGCAUUGAUCUGGGAACUACAUACAGCUGCGUCGGUGUGAUGCAAAAAGGCAAGGUCGAGAUUCUCGUCAACGACCAGGGCAACCGAAUUACCCCCUCAUACGUCGCCUUUACCGACGAGGAGCGUCUUGUCGGCGACUCGGCCAAGAACCAGGCCGCCGCCAACCCCACGAACACCAUCUACGACAUCAAGCGCCUGAUUGGCCGCAAGUUCAACGAGAAGGAGGUGCAGGCCGACGUCAAGCACUUCCCCUACAAGGUUCUCUCCAAGGAGGGCAAGCCCAUCGUCUCCGUCAAGGUCAAUGGCGAGGACAAGAAGUUCACCCCCGAGGAGAUUUCGGCCAUGGUCCUGGGCAAGAUGAAGGAGGUUGCCGAGUCGUACCUCGGCAAGAAGGUGACGCACGCCGUCGUGACGGUGCCCGCCUACUUCAACGACAACCAGAGACAGGCCACCAAGGACGCCGGCAUCAUCGCCGGCCUCAACGUCCUGCGCAUCGUCAACGAGCCCACGGCCGCCGCCAUCGCGUACGGCUUGGACAAGACGUCGGGCGAGCGCCAGAUCAUCGUUUACGACUUGGGCGGUGGUACCUUUGACGUGUCACUUCUGUCCAUCGAUAACGGCGUGUUCGAGGUGCUGGCCACGGCCGGUGACACCCACCUGGGUGGCGAGGACUUUGACCAGCGCGUCAUCAACCACUUUGCCAAGUCUUACAACAAGAAGAACGGCGUGGACAUCACCAAGGACCUCAAGGCCAUGGGCAAGCUCAAGCGCGAGGCUGAAAAGGCCAAGCGCACGCUGUCGUCGCAGAUGAGCACGCGCAUCGAGAUCGAGGCCUUCUUCGAGGGCAAGGACUUCUCCGAGACGCUGACGCGCGCCAAGUUUGAGGAGCUCAACAUGGACCUCUUCAAGAAGACGCUCAAGCCCGUCGAGCAGGUGCUCAAGGACGCCAACGUCAAGAAGGCCGAGAUCGACGACAUUGUGCUCGUCGGCGGCUCCACGCGUAUCCCCAAGGUGCAGUCCCUGAUCGAGGAGUACUUUAGCGGCAAGAAGGCGUCCAAGGGCAUCAACCCCGACGAGGCCGUCGCGUUCGGCGCCGCCGUCCAGGCCGGUGUUCUGUCUGGCGAGGAGGGCACCGAGGAGAUUGUGCUCAUGGACGUGAACCCGCUGACCCUGGGCAUCGAGACCACGGGCGGCGUCAUGACCAAGCUGAUCCCCCGCAACACCCCCAUCCCCACGCGCAAGAGCCAGAUCUUCUCCACGGCCGCCGACAACCAGCCCGUGGUCCUGAUCCAGGUCUACGAGGGCGAGCGCUCGCUGACCAAGGACAACAACCUCCUCGGCAAGUUUGAGCUGACCGGCAUUCCCCCGGCCCCCCGCGGCGUCCCCCAGAUCGAGGUGUCGUUCGAGCUCGACGCCAACGGCAUCCUCAAGGUCUCGGCCCACGACAAGGGCACCGGCAAGCAGGAGUCAAUCACCAUCACCAACGACAAGGGCCGACUCACCCAGGAGGAGAUCGACCGCAUGGUCGCCGAGGCCGAGAAGUACGCCGAGGAGGACAAGGCCACGCGCGAGCGCAUCGAGGCCCGCAACGGACUGGAGAACUACGCCUUUAGCCUCAAGAACCAGGUCAACGACGCCGAGGGUCUUGGCGGCAAGAUUAGCGACGAGGAGAAGGAGACUAUCCUGGACGCCGUUAAGGAGGCCACUGAGUGGCUCGAGGAGAGCGGUGCCGAGGCUACGGCCGAGGACUUUGAGGAGCAAAAGGAGAAGCUGUCCAACGUGGCGUACCCCAUCACCUCCAAGAUGUACCAGGGCGCCGGCGGCGAGAAGGGCGAGGACGACCAGGACUUCCAUGACGAACUGUAA